AUGUCUGCCAUUUCUGACUUUUACGCUGAUACAGAAGGUCCAAUUGUGUUUCUCUCCGCUAAGAAGCAUUUCGACGCGUUAACCACCACCAAUGCCAAACUUUAUGCUCACCAUUUGAGUAGAGCAAGUUUCUAUGGUACCAGAGCCGUGUUGAGAUCUGUGUCCCCAGAAAGUGAAGACAUUUACGAUUUAAUUUUAUUAAUUCAUGAAUUGUUAAACACUCCUAAAACUAAUGAAGAAUAUGUUAAGUUGCUUGGUGAUAAAGUGUCUGAGCAAACCAUUACCUACUACUUGGAAUAUGCUUCUCAAUUCUUGGGCAAUGUAGGAAAUUACAAGUCCUUUGGUGAUAAGAAGUUUAUUCCAAGACUUUCUCCUCAAGAAUUUGAUGAAUUUGUCAAGGCAGUAGGCGAAGAAAAAGUUUCUGAAAAGUAUAACAAGGUCCGUGAAGCAAUUUUCAGUGUUGACCAACCUUUGUUAGGUUACCCUGAAAGUGGUCAUUUGUCCAACUAUUACCCUGAUUCUCCAAAGAUCACUAAAACUGAAAUUGAUGCCGUUAACAAGGCAUUGGCCAAAGCAGGAAUCAUGCCAGAAAAUACCAGAGUUGUCAAGAACGACCAUGAAUUCCAAGUGUAUGUUGCUUCUGCAGUUGGUGACAACACUACCGAUUACUAUCCUAAGGAAUUGGCCACUGAAGAUGGUGCCAAAAUCACCUUUAAAUUUGGUGAUCACGCUAGCGAGUUUGUUCACAUUGUCAAACAUUUGGAAGAAGCUUUGAAAUAUGUUGCCAAUGAUACCCAGGCUGCUAUGGUUAAAUACUAUAUUGAAUCAUUCAAGACUGGUUCAAUGAAUGCUCAUAAGAAGUCACAAAUUGAAUGGGUUAAAGAUAUCAAACCAGAAGUUGAAUCAAAUAUUGGGUUCAUUGAAACUUAUCGUGAUCCUUCUGGUGUGAGAGGGGAAUGGGAAGGUUUGGUUGCCAUGGUCAACCAUGAACGUACCGCCAAGUUCUCUCAAUUGGUUAACAAUGCUGGUUUUUUCAUUAAAGAAUUACCUUGGGAUAAGAUUUACGAAAAGGAUGAAUUCACUCCACCUGAUUUUACUUCUUUGGAAGUGUUGACCUUUGCUGGAUCUGGUAUUCCUGCCGGGAUCAAUAUUCCAAACUAUGACGAUGUCAGGUUGAACUAUGGGUUCAAGAAUGUUUCCUUGGGUAAUGUUUUAUCUGCCAAUCCAAAGAACCCAAAGAAGAAAGAGGAAAUUACCUUUAUUGAUGAAUCGCUCCAAGAAUUAUUCAAGAAGUGGAGAGAUGAUUCAUUUGAAGUUCAAGUUGGAUUGCACGAAUUAUUAGGUCAUGGAACUGGUAAAUUGUUGCAAGAAACUUCUCCAGGUAAGUUUAACUUUGAUAAACUGGAUAAGAGAAUUACUUCAUGGUAUGGACCAAACGAUACUUGGGGAUCAUUAUUCGGGCUUACUGCUGGUUCAUUUGAAGAAUGUAGAGCUGAAUUGGUUGCCUUGUACCUUAUUCUUAAGAAGCCAUUGGAAGUUUUGCCAAUCUUUGACAUUAAAACUCCAGAAGACCAAAAGAGUGUCAAGUUCAUUGCUACUUUACUCAUGGUUCGUGCUGGUUUACUUGGUUUGGAAUUCUGGGAUCCACAAUCAAAGAAAUGGGGUCAACCACAUAUGCAAGCCAGAUUUGGUAUCUUCAAGCAAUUGCACAAGGCUGGUGUAUUCAGCUUGGAUUACUCGGAUGAUUCAUUUGAUGACUUGAAGAUUACCUUGGACGAAUCUACCUUGGAUAACAAAGCUGUUGACGCAUUGGGUGAUUUCUUAUCUCAUUUACACAUUUACAAGACCACUGCCAAUGUCAAGGAAGGUGUUCAGUAUUAUGUUGACAAGACUACUGUUGACCCAGAAUACGCCAGAUUUAGAGAUGUUGUUCUUAAGAAGAAACAACCAAGAAGAAAGAUUAUUCAAGGUAACACCUUUAUCAAUGCUUCUGGAGAAGUUGAAGUUGAAGAAUACGAAGAAUCCGAAGCUGGUAUGAUCAACAGUUACAGUGAUAGACUCGUAUAA